GAUAAUAACACGAAACAAAUUACUUCAAUAGAACAGUAAUGAACUUUGAGCAACUUUGCUCUGAUACACACCAGUUUAAAAAAAAUACUGAAUUGUACUGUUAUUUAAAAGUUUAGCAAAUAGUACUAGACCACAAUGCAUUGCAAAAUACAGAAAAUAAACAUAUUAAAUAAAUACAGAAAACUACUGUUGAAAAUUGUCAUUAAAUUAACAGCAGUGCAAAAUAUUUCUCAGAGUACAUUGUUUUCUGCUUUAUUGGAAAACAGUACAUUACUGUUGGAAAGUGCAUUGUAUAUUACAGUUUACACAAUGCACUUUGGGCUUCAUAAACAGGAAGCUGCAACACUUCAAAGGUUUUGUGGUUUCUCGUGGAAAAUAGAAAAGUAAAUAAAAUAUAAUAUCUUUUAAUAAGCACAAAAAUGGUCUUCUAGACAAUGGUCCAUAAAAUUGUUAUUCUGAUGAACAUUUUUUAAUAUGAAUAAUACACCACAUAAAGCCCUCACAUGAAGUGCUGUAGAUGCUGAUUAGAGAGUGUUCUUUUGAAACAUAACUGCAGAAUUUCAUAAAAAGUGUGGAAACUGAAUUAACAGCCAGAAUAUCUACAUAGAAAGCACACAGUCUAAUAUGUUCAGGUUGGAAAGUAACUCUAGCAGGCUAAUUCUUUUACAUUAAAUCUGAUAAUUUGUAUGCCACUUUUUAAUAUACAGAAAGCAGGUAAGAAUUUGGCAGAUGCAGCUAUGGUUUAAGCCUCAAUGCUAUUUCAGGGUUGGCCUGAAGUUUCACUUUUGUUUCUGUGACUUGCAGAGCAUUUACAUUUGCAUGCCUUGUUCAGACUGCAGACAUAUGUUUAGCAGCGUAUAUAACACUCCAUUUGGAAAUAAUGUCACAAGCAAAAGAAAAAAUUCAUAGGAGUGGCCCACCACUUACUGUUGAGCAGCUGAAGCAAAUAGAGCAGAAGAGACAUGAAGCUUUAAGAAGACUUGCUGCUCGCAAUGAUCCCAUGCCCAUUGGAGAGAGCUGGCACAACCACAUUCGGACUGAAUUCACCAAACCUUACUUCACUAAGCUGAUGUCUUUUGUUGCUGACGAGAGGAAACAUUUCACUGUUUAUCCAAGUAAAGAGAAUGUCUUCUUUUGGACAAAUGUGUGUGCAUUUGAGGCUGUGAAAGUGGUUAUCCUUGGCCAAGAUCCAUAUCCGAGACAAAGUCAAGCUCAUGGUCUGUGCUUCAGUGUACUGAGGCCUUCGCCACCACCUCCAAGCUUGGAAAAUAUAUUCACCGAGCUUGCAAUAGAUAUCAAGGACUUUCAACACCCUGGCCAUGGGGACCUGACAGGAUGGGCUAAACAAGGUGUUCUGCUUCUGAACUCUGUUCUGACUGUGAGAAGCAGAGAGCCAGCAUCCCACCAAGGCCAGGGAUGGGAGGAGUUCACUGAUGCAGUGGUUCAGAGCCUAAGUAGGAAUUUAAAAGGCCUGGUCUUCCUACUGUGGGGAUCAUAUGCUCAGAGGAAAGGCAAAUUCAUUAAUUGGUCAGAUCACCACGUUCUUGAGACAAGCCAUCCAUCACCAUACUCUGCUCACAUGGGCUUUUUUGGAUGCAGACACUUCUCAAAGACUAACAUCUUACUUAGGGCAUCUGGAAAAACACCAAUUGAUUGGAAUGCACUGUGACUAGAAAAUAUUUUAAAAUGCUGCCAUGCGCUUUUAAAUCUAAUGUUGUAUGAUAUUAGAUAUGUAGUCCUUCAACACGCAUGAAAUAUUCAUUCUCUGCAGUGCUACACUGUUGUCUAGAAAAGCAUUUAUUAAAAAAACAGUGUUUUGAGUUCCUUAAGGUUUAAAUAUAAACAUAGCUUUAUUCCUUUGCACCAUAUCUAUGGCAAGUUUAAACUUUUUAAAAUACACUCCUGAACAAAAUCUUAAGACCAGGGAAAAUAAUAGAAGCAUUCACACUUCGCACUUCAAAAUGCCAAAAGAAGAAACGUGAACAAGAAACAAAAAAUAUAGAGUUGUCAAUUUAUUGAAAACUGCAUUUAAACUCAAACAGGGUGGUCAUCAGCUGAUCAAAAGUUUAAGACCAUGGCCUUAAAAAGUUAAAAUCUGUGCAAAAAUAUGGCUUUAAUUUAAUUGUCCUUCACACAGUCAUGAUUUCCUGAUAAUAAAAGCAAAAAUUUGUUUUUUAAUGUGGUAGGAUUGUCGAGUUGCAGAAGCAAGGGCUCUCACAACUUGCCAUUGCUGCCAAGGUUGGACACAGUAAGACAGUCAUUUUAAAUUCCUUAAAUGAUCCUGAGAGUUAUGGGACAAAAAAAUGAAGUGAUAGACCCAAAACAAUUUCAACAGGCCGAUCCUCGACCCAAAUUAAGGCUAUUACUAAUGCUGACCUGCAGCCCAAUAACCAUAAGACGGCAUCUGCAAGAGAAGGACUUAAAGAACAAAAAACCUCUUCAAAAGCCACUUCUCCUCCCACACUACAAACUGUUUAGAAUUUUGCCUGUUUAGAAUUUGCAAGGGAGCACCAAACACGGGUUUUAUUCCCGGAAAAAAAUUUAACCGUGAUGUUCCUGAUGGCUUCCAACGAUACUGGCGUUACAAAGAGAUCCCUCUGGAGAUGUUUCCUACCUGGCACAGGAGAGGAGGCUCCAUCAUGAUCUGGGGUACUUUUUCCUUGAAUGGGAAAAUGGAGCUUCAGGUUGUACAGCGGUGUAAAAUGGCAGCAAUCUAUGUGGACAUCCCUCUUGACUGUGGGCCCUCAUUUGUGUGGUAAUGACUGGGUCUUUCAACAGGACAACACUGCAAUUCACAACCCCCACCUGAAGAAGGACUUCUUCCAGGACAAUAGCAUUGCAAUUCUGGACCAUCCUGAGUCUGCCCCUGACCUAAAUCAAUUCAAUUCAAAUCAAGUUUGAAAUUGAAAAUCCCCUUAAGAAUGUUUGGGGAUGGAUGGCAAGGGAAGUUUACAAAAACGUACAUCAGUUCCAGACUGAGGAUGACCUUUGUGGAGCCAGUUUCACAUGGAACAACGAGUGUUUGAACUUAUCAAGAACGGUGGGGCCACUUUUAGUUCUGUUUUGGGUUUUUUUGGGGGGCAUUUUUUAAACUUUUGCUAUGCUGUUGAUCAACCUGUUUGAGUUUAAAUUCAGUUUUCAAUAAACUGGCAAUCUCUG